AAUUCAACGCAAUCUACAGAAAACAAAAGCAGAUAUUUUAUUACCAGGCCAGCAUACUUAUCGGCUGAAAUAAACGCACACAAUUUAUUAUAUUUAGUUUUACUUGUCAAACAAAAACAACUACCACCACAUGUACUGUGUAUUCAUGCUUUUAGUUCACAAGCUUGUGAAUCAAUUUUUAGAAACACGCGAGCAUUAAGUGGAAUUUACUCAACUAUAGUUAAUUUUACAGUAUAUGAUUUUUUACGACGUGCCCAAAGACUUUCAUUAUUGAAUGAUAUUAAAUGUAAGCAAUCGAAUGAUGAAUCAAUUAAUAAUUUGGCCUUUCCAGUUCAUCACAAACAUCAAAAUAAUCGACAAUCAUCAUGUACAGAAAGUCAAAAUGAGAUUGAUCAAAUAGAUAUUGAACAAAUUAUUACCAAGGCGUACCAUGAAGCUAUUGAUAUGCUCGAUGGCUUAGAAAUAUUGAAUGUGCUGAAAAACAAACGUGUUCUUGAUUUAAAAUUAUUAAGUGAAUAUGUAUUUAAACAAUUAAAUUCUAAUUCAAAGAUGUAUGACUAUUCAUCUCAACGAAGUAAUAUGGAUGAUGGUGAAUUUGAAAUAGAUGAUGAUGAUAAUGAAACAACCGAUGACCUUAACAUGGAUGAUGAUAAUAAUGAUAGUUUUUCCUCGAAUGAUGAUUACACUGAUGAAGACAAACAAGAUGAUACUCAUAAUUCAAUAAAUACCACAAAAAAUGACUUUGCUGGAAUAAAGAUCUGCAGUAAGGUUGAAUCUGACACAGAACAUUGUUAUUUUAAAGUUACAAUUAAUGAUGAUACAAAAUAUUUACAUAAACAAACUGCUUGUUGGUUAUUGACUGAAGAAAAAAGUAAAUUAUCAAACGACCGGCUACUUCGAGUACAUCAGGCUAAUAAAAAUAAAGAGCUUGUCCGGCUAACGGUCAACCAGACUGAUUAAAGUAGAACCUAUCUAUUUCUCAAGGCUGACUAUAUCAUGUUGUAGAGAACACUUUGCUCUGUCAGAAAAUGUAGUCGUUUCUUUUUUUUCUCAUAAAGGAGAGAAAAGAUGCGCGACAGACAACAUAGGUAGACUUCUUGAAAUAUCUAUCCGUUUUCGUGCUUUUGAAGAAACUUUUGAAAAAAGAACAGAAUUUUAACUAAAAAUUGAAGCGUCAUAUAUAUUACACAUGGCGAGGUUUGGACUUUCUUCUGAUAUAAUUUUCAGCUGCUUUAUGAGUAGUAGAAAAAAACAGGGAAUAUCUGAAAACUCCAUAAAAUCUGAAGUGAGUGCGUUACCGAUUAGGGCUUUUAGUUUAGUUUACGCCACAAUCAUACAAGCAUUUAAGUUGAUACUUAAGAACUUCCGUUACCUUUCCAUGAACUAUCAAAGGGCUAGAUUGGUUUUUACUUACAUGUUUUUUCUGCCGAAAAAAAUGGUAACGCACUCACCUUACCGACCCACUUCCAUGUUUUAAACCCCAUAUAUGUAUGUUUGAUGAGAUGGAUUGCUUCUAUAAUAAAUGGCUUUCAAUAUGAUUUAUUAAUGUUGCUAUCUUAUAGAGAUGUCAACAAGCCAUGAUUUCUCUUGGCUGCACGUAUCAGGCUUUAGGUUAAAUUAGGUCUGGCAGGUAGACCUACCAUCGGAGCUUAGGAGUUCACCAAUUCAUAUUUGAUCGGUUGAUAUGUUGACUGAGGAUACGUGUGAAUUACAUUUUGCACCUUCAUCAUAUAUUUCAUAGAAAUCUCGACUGGCUAUUUCCUCCUUUUUCGCAAAGAAAUGACAAAAUGAAACGAAAACCGAAACCAUUACUCGAUUGAAAUAUGGCAUAAAAACUUAAUA